GGGCCGGGGGCAGCGGGGGAGCGGGAUGGGGGCAGACCCGGGGAGGCGGCGGGAGCGGGGGGCCGGGGGGAGUCUGGGAGGAGGAGGAGGAGGAGGGGGCCGGGGCCGGUCACACACGCCCGCCGCCGCCGCCGCCGCCGCCGCCGCCGGCAGCAGCAGCCGCCCCGCGGGCCAGCACCACCGGCUGCCGGUCUCCGUGACAACGCGACCCCAGGGGGGGGGCCGGACCCGGCGGGGGCAGGAGGCGGAGAGACCGGACCUUUCACGGCAAUAUCCUCAUGGGCCGGCGGCGGGGGGUCUUUAUCCCCCUCCCCGGGGGAAGCGGCGCCCUUCUCGGUAGCGGGGCUCAGGCGAUGCCGGCGGAUUUUCUUCACUCAACGAGCAGAGCAUCCAACAUGGCGCUGCGGCCGCCUCCAGCAGUCCGGCAGGACGGCCGCUCGGAAAACUUCGGGCCUUUUCGGAGAGGCUCGGGAGGCCGAGGGUGGGAAGCGCCUUCGGCUCUUUCCGGAGACUGAGAGCGGUCGGGAUUCUUCGGAGACGCUCGGGGGCGUCUUCGGCCGCCGUUCGGGAGAGCUCUGGGGCUGACUCGCCUCCUCGGGAAAGAUCGGCGAGAGGGGCUUCCCAGGCUCGCCGCCGCGGGGGUGCGGGUUGGAGGCAGAGACCAAAGGCGAGGUCUGGUCCGCCAGAACCCUCCCCUGCCGCCCAGCCUCGAAGAACAAUGGCAACGGCCCUGGAGCCUGCGGUCCGCAGAGCCCUGCCCGCAGGGGCGGGAGGCAGCGAGGCGAGAAACCUCGGUUACAGUGGAAGGAACCGCUUAACCAGAGUGAAACCGCUGGAAAGGAACCCGCUGCGUGCAUCUAUUAGCAUAAUAAGUAGCACUCGCUGGCCUCUAAUGCAGCUCGCGUCCAUUGUGUCACUUCGCCCUAGUACACUCUGAGGGGGCCGACCAAGACCGCCCAGCCCCACCCCGCACAUGCCACCCCAAGGCAGGGGCCUUGUCCUCGGCACAGGUGAUUGAGUGGAAAGGAAUCUCAGGGAUCAACGGAAUGAUCCCAGCAGUAAUGGUUACCAGGCACAGAGCACUUCAUAUUCAUUAUCUCAUACAGUCCUGUUAAAUAGACAGCACCCAUUUUACAGGUAAAGAAACCGAAGCUCAGAAAGGCUCAAUACUGUCACACAACAGGAGAGCUGAGAAAAUUGAGGCUCAAAACGGACAAGAGACUUUCCCAAAGUCACCUGGACAGGUGUAGUUGACAGAGUCCAAACUCGAAUUUGGUUAUGACUCCUGCUACACUGCUCCUGUUGCCCUCCUUUAUUUUUUCCCCCCAAUUCACAUAAAGCUCUACACAUA